UAUUUCUAAGCCCUAGCCAAAAUGGCUACCAAACUGUAGGAGGCACACUGAAGGUUCAGGGUCCAAAAGAAAGGGCACGCAAAAUAUUUUGAAGCAUGGUGUUGAUGAAACUGAAGUUCCCCUUCCAAAAGAGGGUGCGUCUGGCCCAGAGUGUCUGGCUGCUUUCUUGGGUAGCUAUGUUCUCUGGAGCCAUCACCUUUGCAAUGGGAGUCUUCCUCAAAACCGAGCUACAUCGCAGAUCAGAGGUGAUGGACAGUAUGGACAUCCACAUUGUACCAAAUCUGCUGAUGGCAGUGGGACUAGCAUCAGUGGGCAUCAACAUCUGUGCUGGUAAAGUCUGCCAGGACUCACUGGACCCCUCGCGCUUCCCACGCUGGAAGACCUUUCUUCCUCCAUUCUUCUGCAUCUCCAUAUUCUUCACCUCCCUGCUAAUAGUCGCCAUGAUUCUGAGUUACGCCCUGCAGCCCAGCCUGGAGGAGUCUCUGAAAAUCGGGCUGAAGAACGGCAUCCGUUUCUACAAGGACACAGACACACCAGGCCGUUGCUUCCAGAAGGAGACUAUUGACCGUUUACAGAUUGAGUUCCACUGCUGUGGCAAUACCAACUACAGGGACUGGUUUGAGGUGCAGUGGAUCAGCAGCCGUUACCUGGACUUUACAUCCAAAGAAGUGAAAGAUCGUGUGAGGAGCAACGUGGACGGCCGUUAUCUGGUAGACGGCGUUCCAUUCAGCUGCUGUAACCCAGCCUCCCCCCGGCCCUGCAUCCAGUACAGUCUCUUGGACAAUGCUGCCCAUUACAACUACGAAUAUCAGACUGAGGAGCUGAACCUCUAUAACCGAGGCUGCCGCCAGGCUCUGGUCAGCUACUACAUGGGUUUAAUGAACACCAUUGGCCCUGGUGUUCUGUCUGUUUUCUUUCUCCAGAUGACCAUGCUGGUGAGUCUGCGGUACCUGCACACUGCAAUGGAGGGUGUGCUGGGACAGGAGAAUGUGGAGAUCGAAACUGAGGGUUACAUCUUGGAGAAGGGAGUGAAGGAGACUUUGUUGGAGACCAAAAAAAAGUUGAUGAAAAUAAUCCAGUUCGCGCAGGUGGGCGAUGCAACGGCUACGACCCCAACCACAGACCCAGAGGCAGGAGCUGCAACUCCGGCCCCAGAAAAGGAAGCCACACCCCCUAGCUAAAUUACUUUGUGUAAUUGUUUAUAAUGAGGGUCGUGUCAAGAUUGAAACCCUCGCUCUUUGAAAAGUCUUGCAACAUUCAUACACUGUUUAUGUGGAAGCCCAUAGCAAUACUCACCUUUACUCUAAAUUUGGAAUCAGCCAAUGUGAAUCUUACAAGUUUUGCAGAACAAGGUUAACCAUCUAGACACGAUCUUCCAUGGGUGCACAUGUGCACAUGAGUGCUGAAAUUUCUACAGCUGUCCUUGGUUUUUUUUCUUUAUCAUCCAGAAAGGGCAUAAAUAAUCAUAAUUAUUCUAUAAAAAUGUUACUUUAUUACAUGAUGUUAAAGAAGGUACUCAGUGUAACCAAGCAGUAACCUCUCAGAAUGCUUAAAAUUAUUUAUAAAGUGAAGAUGUACAAGGAAGGAGCACAAUUUUAAUCGAUUAUACAAUGAAAUUGUAUAAUACACCACAUGCUGUUUGUAGACGUUUUUUCUGCUUUAUGCUUUGCUUAACUAGACAAAAGUAGUGAGCUGAAAUUGCAGAAUGCAUACGACAAAUAAAGAGUUUUUAAAUGA